AUGUCCCCAACCCCGACCCCACAGCUCCAGGGCCAGGAGCCAACAGGCUCCAAUACCGAAGCCAGGAUGAGAACGGGAGAUUUUGUCAACGAAACAUACAAGGGCGAAGAUCAUCCCGAUGCACCACUGCCAGAAAGUUCAAAGACGACAAAUGGAAGAUAUUCAGACAACCCAGAGAACGAAAAUGAACAUGAAUAUGAAAAUGACUGUGACCGAAAUGAUCAAGAUGAAUACAACUGCCAAAGCAGCAGUACGAGCCAGACCGAUCCGGAAGACCAAAACCAAGCCCUCGCACAAUCCGAACCCCGUCCUAUUGACGAUGAUGAAUACAACGAAGACGCAGCAGCAGCAGACCGACCCCGCCAUGCAUGGCAAAUCCUCUGGCUCAAGAAUAAAGGCAUGGCCCUCGUAUUACUAGCGCAGAUGUUUGGCGCUUCGAUGAAUGUCAUGACGCAGAUUCUUGAGAUUCAUAGUGCUAUGCAUCCGUUUCAGGUCCUCUUCGCCAGAAUGUCAAUCACAGCCCUAUCAAGCUACAUCUACAUGUAUUAUGCCUCAGUCCCACACCCACUGGGCACAAAGCCCGUCCGACCACUGCUCCUCCUACGCGCAAGUAGCGGGUUCAUGGGUGUCUACGGAUUGUACUAUUCAGUUCAAUACCUGCCGCUGUCAGAAGCGACCGUUAUCACUUUCCUUGCGCCUAUCAUGACCUGUUAUGCUUGUUCGUUGCUUAUUCCUGGUGAGACGUUCUCGCGCAGACAGCAAUUUGCGGCGCUUGUUUCGCUUGCUGGGGUUGUUCUUAUUGCGAGGCCGUUUGGGAAGAGGGAGAAGGUUAAUUCGGUUCCGACUGCUGUGUCUGUUUGGGCUAUGAGUCUUUCUGCCCAUGGUGGAGAGGGGACGCCUGAUGAUGCUGAUGCCUAUCACCAUGUUCUUGCGACGAUUGUUGCGUUUGUUGGUGUUAUUGGGGCUGCCGGUGCUUAUACUUCUAUUCGAAUGAUUGGGAAACGGGCCCAUCCGCUUGUUUCGGUGACGUACUUUUCGUCGGUCACUACUGUCAUUUCGUUCUUAGCUAUGGCUUUUGUGCCUGCUGUGCCGUUCCGAUUGCCCAAUUCUGUUGUUGAGUGGUCGUUGUUGACUGGGUUGGGGGUUUGCGGGUUCUUACUGCAGUUUUUGUUGACGGCGGGGUUGUCGUAUGUGCCCCCAGCUUCGGUUUCUGGGGGCAAGGUUGUUGGGCAGGGGUCCAAGGCUACUUCGAUGGUUUAUAUGCAGAUGCUUUUUGCGCUGUUUUAUGAUAAGGUGGUGUGGGGGGUUACGAUGUCUGGGGUUAGUUGGAUUGGGUCGGGGUUGAUUUUGGUUUGUGCAGUUUACGUUGCUGUUGAGGGUGGGAAGAGUCCGACACAAGUACAGGCGCCGAGGAGUGCUGAAAGUGGAAGUGGAAGUGAAAGUGAAUAUCGGGACGUUGAGGGGUACAAAGACGCCACGGAGACGGAGGCGCAGACGCAUUGA